AUGUUGAUUUUUACUAUCUUUUUCUUCCUGCCAACAUCAGCAGAGGAAUACACUGAAGAAUUACUGAUCCCAGAAGGUCAAACCAAAUUCGUGGCCGAAUAUUCGUAUUGCGGAACAGAUGACAAGAAUAGAAAUAUGAUUUUUGAUACAAUGUGGAGUGGAACUGAAGAGGCUCUCAGCCAUUGUUGCUCAAUUCAUGAUGAUUGUUAUGGAAAUCAAUUAGGUAAAAAUUAUUGUGACCAGACAUUCAAGGAAUGCGUCAAAUCUGCAACAAAAUUCAUUCGUGCCCAAAUAUUCUAUGAAGCUGUACAUCAUCUCGGAUAUCUUGCGUAUGAAAAUGCUGAUCGUAAGGAAGUAACUUAGCGGAAGUGUAAAAUUUUUCGAUUUUUCAGCUGCGAAUGGUCCGAUUUAUCAAUUCACCAAUGAAUAUUUGUAUGAAGAAUUCAACAUGGUUCGAAAUGCUUGUCCACAACAUAAACAUGCAUUUUUCCUCGUGUGUUAUUCAAUUUGA